GCACGUGGUUGAAAUGUCAUUAACGUCGCGUGUCACAUGUCAACUAUCUUCGCGAAUUUUUAACCUUCUGCGAUUUCUCUGAUAAUUUGUCGAUUAUAUCAAUAGUUUUCAAAUAAAUAUUCUAUAUAAGAUGGCUCUUCACGUACCUAAAGCCCCCGGUUUUGCACAGAUGCUUAAAGAAGGCGCUAGGCAUUAUACAGGAUUAGAAGAAGCCGUUGUAAGAAAUAUUAUAGCAUGUAAAGAAUUCGCACAAUCAGUGCGAUCUGCAUACGGUCCAAACGGUAUGAAUAAAAUGGUUAUAAACCAUAUAGAGAAACAAUUUGUCACGAGUGAUGCCGCCACCAUUAUGAGGGAAUUGGAUGUUGAACAUCCAGCAGCUAAAUUAAUGAUAAUGGGUAGCCAAAUGCAAGAUUCCGAGGUUGGGGAUGGAACAAAUUUCGUUGUUAUACUAGCAGGAGCUUUAUUAGAACAUUCCGAGGAACUGAUACAUCUUGGUGUCACACCCACUGAAAUAGCAGAAGGAUUCGAGAAAGCUCUAGACAAAUGUCUGGAAAUUUUACCGAAUCUUGUCUGCUAUACAAUAAAAGAUUAUAGAAACGUAGAAGAAGUGACUAAAGGUAUUAAAACGUCGAUUCAGUCCAAACAGUAUGGGAACGAAGACUUCUUAGCGGGACUCGUCGCAAAGGCGUGUGUAUCCAUUAUACCGGAAGAUACUACUUUUAAUGUGGAUAAUGUCAGGAUUUGUAAGGUUUUGGGAUCUGGAUUACUGAAUUCUCAGGUAGUACAAGGUAUGGUAUUCAAAAGACAAAUCGAAGGAGAGGUUACCAAAGUGGAAAAAGCUCAAAUAGCAGUAUUCAGUUGUGCUGUAGAUAUCAUGCAAACUGAAACCAAAGGCACGGUCCUUAUAAAAACGGCGGACGAAUUAAUGAAUUUCAGUAGAGGUGAAGAGAAUCUUCUCGAAUUGCAAAUUAAAUCCAUAGCGGACGCUGGAGCUAAAGUUUUGGUAGCCGGAGCUAAAUUCGGCGACAUGGCCAUGCAUUACAUCAACAAAUACGGCUUAAUGGCCGUUAGAUUGAAUUCUAAAUUCGAUUUGAGGAGAUUAUGUAAAACUGUCGGGGCGACUUGUUUACCCCGUUUAACAGCCCCCACAGCCCAAGAACUCGGUUACGCGGAUAUUGUAUGCGUGGAAGAACUAGGCGACACCCCCAUAGUUAGUUUCAAGUUAUCCGGUAAAGAAUCCAGACUUUCUACCAUAGUUAUAAGAGGAUCUACCGAUAACUACAUGGACGACGUAGAAAGAGCCAUAGACGAUGGUGUUAACACUUUCAAAGGAAUUUCACGUGACGGAAGAUUCCUACCGGGCGCGGGAGCAGUAGAAGCCGAAUUGGCUAUCCAGCUGAUCAAAUACGCGGAUACGCUCCCCGGUUUGGAGCAAUACGCCGUUAGAAAAUUCGCUUCGGCCCUCGAGGGUUUCCCCAAAGCUUUGGCGGACAACAGCGGUCAUAGAUCCUCGGUAGCAUUGCAGAAAGUUUUGGAAGCCCAUCAAAACGGCAGGAAAAACGUCGGUAUCGAUAUCGAAUCCGAAAGCGCCGUUUGCGAUGUACUGGAAAAGAAUAUUUUGGAUCUGUAUCAGUGUAAAUAUUGGGGGUUGAAGUACGCCGUUGGGGCUGCUACUACCAUUUUGAGGGUAGAUCAAAUUAUUAUGGCUAAAAGGGCCGGUGGACCCAAACCGAGACAACCGCAAGGAAGCGACGACGAAUCUUGAAUGUUUUAAUUUAAAUUUUUGCUUAAUAUUUGUAUUAAUUUCAUUUUUUUUUUAAUUAAUAAUAGAGUUUCUUAACCAGACGAUUUUUUUAUUAUU